CGGCGGCUCCUCCUUUUCUUCUCCUCCUCCUCCUCUUCCCAGCCGAGCAGGCCUUGGCUUGGCUGCCUCGGGGCCUCUAUUUCGCUUCCCCUCUUGGAGCCAGGCAGGCAGGGCCCUCUCCCUCCCUCGCUCCCCGCCAUGGCCGCCCUCUCCCUCAGGCAGCGCUUCGACAAGUUCCUCCACGAGAAGAACUGCCUGACCAACAUCUUGGAGAAGAUCGAGGCCAAGACGGGCGUCAGCAGGACCUACGUCGCCCUCGCCAUUUUUGCUAUUCUGGCCAUCUAUCUGGUGAUCGGUUAUGGAGCAUCCCUGCUUUGCAACUUGAUCGGGUUUGCUUAUCCUGCAUACGUAUCUAUCAAGGCCAUUGAAAGUCCGAACAAAGAUGAUGACACACAGUGGCUGACCUAUUGGGUGGUGUACGGCAUCUUCAGCAUAGCAGAAUUUUUCUCUGAUCUCUUUCUCUCCUGGUUCCCUUUCUACUACAUGAUGAAGUGUGGCUUUCUGAUUUGGUGCAUGGCUCCAAGUCCUUCAAAUGGAGCUGAGUUUCUUUAUCAUCGCAUCAUCCGCCCUUUCUUCCUGAAGCAUGAGGCACAACUGGAUAGUGUAGUGAAGGAUCUGAAAAACAAAGCUGCAGAGACAGCAGACACCAUCACUAAAGAAGCUAAAAAAGCCACAAUCGGUUUACUCGGUGAGGAGAAGAAGAGUACCUAAAACAGUAACUGGAAGCGAAGUUUCAAGUUUCUUCAUCACUUCCCUUACACAGCUUGAUGUUUUGGGAGACUGUGAUAUAGUACUUUGAAUAAUGUUGCCUUGUAAACAUUUUUGAUUUUAUUAAAGGAAUGUGUUGUAAGAUUGCUUGCCUUUUUUUGCAGAUCUCUUAAAGUAAGCAUUUUUAUUUAAAACCAGUGCAGUGGGUGGCAUCUAAAGCUUAUAUGGAUUAGUUUAUUCAUCUCCUGAGCAGAAAAACAACUUUAAGCAAUGUCUUGUCUUGCUGUUUAUGUGAAAUUUAAAUAAAAUAUGCCACAGACUCUC